AUGUCUGUGCCGCAGAAACUCGGAGUAGGCGUCAUUGGCGCCGGAGAAGUUUUUCAAGUUUGCCAUGGCCCCUGCCUGCUCCUCCUCUCCCAUCUUUUCAAGAUCGAGUCCAUUUGCGAUGUCUCGCCCACUCACAACGACCACUGCGCCACCAAGUUUUCUAUUCCUCACAAGACAAUGAAGCCCGAGGAGACUAUCGACCACCCCAAGGUGGAUGUGGUCUUCAUACUGACGUCCGAUGAGACCCACGCGGCGUUGGCAAUCCGGAGUCUCCAGGCCGGUAAGCACGUGUUUGUUGAGAAACCUGUGAGCCUGUCGAUUCCCUCGGUUCAGCGGAUCAUCGAGGCCGAAAAAGAGGCCAAGGGCGGUGCCCGAGUUUUUGUUGGAUACAUGCGUCGCUACGCACCUAGCUAUGUUCAGGCUUUUAAGCGUGAAGUGGCAUCAAUGCCCAAGAUCUUGUACGCGCGGGUACGUGAUUUCAGUGGGCCGAACGCUCAAUUUGUGAACCAGAGUGGAACUUUCCAGGUCAAAGGCACCGACUUCCCUGCCAGUGCUGCCCAAGAGCGCAAUGAGAAGCUCCAGAAGCUGUUCGAAGAAGCCUUUCCCCAGCAGGAGAUCACAGACAACAAGAAGAAGGCGUGUCGAUUCCUUGGGAGCUUGGGCUCACAUGACAUCUCUUUGAUGCGUGAGACCCUGGGAUUUCCCGAGAGAAUAUUGACAUUCACGGCCAAUGACCCUUUCUACAACGCCAUUUUGCAAUUCCGAAACUCGGACGGGUCGUCUUACUCUGUCACCUAUGAGAGCGGCAUUGACGAGGUUCCUGUCUUUGAUGCUCAUCUGAGCGUUUACGGGGCGCGGAAGAGGGUCACAAUCAAGUACGAUAGCCCGUAUGUCAAAGCUCUGCCAAUCGUGGUCGAGGUGGAGGAGGUCAACGAACAUGGGGAAAUCCAAAGGAGGUCCAUGGUCUCGUCUUACGAAGAUACGUACACGGCGGAACUGCAGCAACUCCAUGAGUGUCUGGUCAGUGGUGCAGAGAUCAAAACAACAGUGGAAGACGCGAUCAAGGACGUCCAGAUCUACGACAUGAUGUACAAGGCUUGGCAAGCGUAG